AUGGCCGACUCGCCCGUGGAAAUGCUGGACAUAGAGGAAAUCAUGCACACAACUACUCCACCACCGUUGGAGGUGAAACCGGCCUCACGCCAGCCCGAAUUUGUGCAGGGAUCUAGCAGUCGCCCCAUGAAUUCAAGCAUGCCCUCCAUGGGCCCCCCAAUGCUCGGGCUUGAUGACCGUGCGGACUCCCUGGAGCCUGAAGUUGCUCAGUCUGAGCAACUUGUCCGACAGGCGGCCACAAUUGCAGAACUUCAACAACAGAGAGCAUAUCUUGUCCAGCGGAUGGCGGAGGAGCGAGCGAGGUGGGACGCUGAACGAGAACAAUUUGCGCGCUCUACGGAAGCUCUCCACGCUCAGUUCCAGCGGCAUAAAGCACAAUCACAGGAAAACGGAAUGAGCUACCGCGAAAUGGAACUGACACAUGCGCUCUCUGCUGUCCAGUCGCAGAAUGCCAUGUACAAGCAGCUCGUGCAUGCAUUGGGUCGACAACUGGGUGCCGUUCAUAAGGAGCUUGAGCAAUUACGUCCAUUUUUGUUAGGAGGCACUCGCCCAUCCGAAGCACCCGGCCUCCCACCGCCUGGUCACGGGAGCAACAUGAACGGCAUCCCUUCAGGUGCGCGUGGCGUAAAGCGGAAGCGAAAGCAAGGCACGGCUCCGAGUGCACAGAACGUUCUGACAAACACCCCGAAUCGUACAGUCAAAGAUUCUGUCCAUGUGCACAUUCCCCCGAUCACGUCAGAAUCCGAAGACGCGGAUAUAGAACCUGACAGCGAUGAUGCAUCGGAGGUAGUCCUGCCCUCUAGCCGGACAACCCACGAAGUUCCUGAUAGGACAGGGGAGGAGCGAAAACACGGACCUAUUAGCUUGAACGCGGAGACAAUGAGUGGUACGCCUGCACGGCGUCGCCCGCCUAAAGAGGCUCGUGGUAAGGGAAAGAAAGCCCAAACGGAGAACAUGAACUUCCAUGACUUGGUCGACAACGGCAUGCUCAGCGACGCGUUGGCAAAGUUGGAGGAACCUGGCGUGAGCCAGAGAUCUCCCGACAAGGAAAAGGACAAGGAUCUGAAGAAAGGCCGUAAUCAUGGAGACCGGGUCAAGACGGAAGAGGGCGAAGAGGUCAAGGCGGAAGGUGAAGCGAAGCAUCGCGACAAGAAAAGGGUGAUAAGAAAGCUAGCUGGCAACACAUUGCUUUCGGAUGCCCGCGCCGAGCACCUCCUCAUUGCCGCGCGGAAAAUCGGUCGCGAACGCGCUUGGCAAAUCGUUCAGAGGGAGCAUCAGCGCUUGGAAAGGGAACGCAAAGCGCACGAGGAUGUGUUACAUCAGGGCAUGCGAUCCGCGGCACCCUCACCACAAGAGCCUCCGCGCACUCCGACGGCGAAACGCGGGCGUGGUGGCUUGUCCAUGCAAACCAGUUCCCCGCAUGCAGCUUACUACUACAUGGUUCCCGCGCCGGGUAGCGUUUCUCAUUCCCCCUCAUCUCAACCCUCGGUUUCCAACAGGUCCCCGGGCCAAGGCCAGACCCCGCUAAUGUUCAUUCCCAUGCAAGUAACCCCCGGCAUGGUCGGCAUGAGUCCUUAUAGCCACCUUGUCAGCCCCCGUACACCUCAUGGUCCUGGUUCUCCAUCACCUUUUCGUCCCAACAGCUCCACCAUUCGUCAAGGCCCUGCGACUCCUCAUAUACAGAACCACAUAACUCCUUCGACGCAACAGCGACAUACGCAGCCGUUUCCGGCGCAGACGCCCAGACCCAAGACGGCUGGCAGCACUGCUCCCCCGACACCCUUCGAUUCUCUGAUCAACGCGAUUGACCGCGCCAGGAGGGAAGAGGAUGCUUCGAAAGAGGCUGGCACCUCUUCAUCACGCAAACGACGUUCCGAAGACGAUGGCAGCGGUACCGACAUUGAGGACGGUAACGAUGGCGAUUUGAAGCCACGGGGCGAGAUGAGCGCUCUCGACGUUCUGGCGGAUCAGGCAGCGAGCGCAAGCAAGAACAGGGAACGCGAACGCGAGAGGAUUCUCGGGCAAGAUCGAGAAGGGUCGCCGACGCCCACUAGGACAAAGCCUAGAUUAGCAUUCGAAGACCAGGAGCCACAUCUGGAAAUCGGUGUUGAUCCGGAUGGCGGAAGGAGGAAGCUUGACUUUCACCGUGCAUCAAGCAAAGGAUGA